GGUGUGGACCGCUGUUGAGUGAGGGCAGCACUUCCGCCCCGGUCGGCCUCGAUCGGUGGUCGUGAGAGUCCCUGCCAGCCCGCUUAGUGAACGAGCCUAGCUGCCCAUUUUAUGAUGGAGAAAACUCGUCGGGAAGUGGUGACUGGACCAAGGUCAUCCCUGGCGUGCCGGUGCUGUUACCUGACGCCAGGUCCAUGAUGGAAACUGGAGAUUUGGAGGCCCGUUUUUUGGCCUCCAGGGGUGGAUCUACUCCCGUUGCUGUCGCCUGACACAAGUGACUUCACAACUCAGAGCCUAUGAUUUGGCUAUAAUAAUAGCAAACACUCCAUGGCACUUCCAAGCACUGUUGUAAACUCUUUGAGUACGGCUUUCUUGAUUGGAUCCGGGCAGCUGGGCUGGAAGGGCUGACUGCCCUUCAACAAGGCUGGUGCUCUGUAAAAAUGUUGUGAGUGAUUGACCAGCUUUGCACAAGUCUGAAGACACACUUCAGUUUCUAUGUUUGAUGAUAGAUUUGAAAGUUAAGGUUAUACUAAUUCCUUUUGUGUAAGGAGAGGGGCUGGAUGGAACCUGAGGGCUUAAAUCUCUUAUUUGAAUUCUGUAACUAAUUAUGAUACCCCCUUUCCAUUUCAGUUAUUAAUAUGUUUGGUCAAGAAAUGUCAAUAGUAGCCUAUAUAUUAGGCAUUGUGCUACACCCUGAAAUACAUCAAUGUGGAAAACCGCAUGAACUCAGUUUUUAGUGGAGGAUUAGGACAUGAAAUGAUGCAUCCCCAGUACCUGACAUAUAGUGGCAUCUCAAAACAGUUGUGGAAGUGGUUCCAUUUCCUGUGCAGGAGUGUGCAGAGGGAGUAACUUCCUGUGUGGAAGAGGAGGAGAAAGCUGCUUGUAGUAUCAGGCUUCCCUGGGAAGGACUGUCAUGGAAGGGCUACUGACAAAAUGCAGGGCAUUGUCUGCCCUGGCUGCCUGCAAUCACCAGCUCUCCAGAUACGUUCCCCACAGGUGUCACCACUGUGCCCCAGGGAAAGGGCAGCGCUUGGUACUGUCUCAAAUGUUCCAGCCACAGAACUUUCGGGAAGACCAGAUGCCUGUCCUGGAGGGCAAAUCUGAUAGCUUGACCUGUAAGAGCCAGCGACUGAUGCUGCAGGUGGGCCUGAUCCUCCCGGCCAGCCCCGGCUGCUACCACCUCCUGCCAUACACCGUCCGCGCCAUGGAGAAGCUUGUGCGGGUGAUAGACCAGGAGAUGCAAGCCAUUGGGGGACAGAAAGUCAACAUGCCCAGCCUCUGCCCAGCAGAGCUCUGGCAAGCCACCAGCCGCUGGGACCUGAUGGGCAAAGAGCUGCUUAAACUGAGAGACAGGCACGGCAAAGAAUACUGCUUAGGACCCACACAUGAGGAAGCCGUGACAACCCUGGUUGCCUCCCAGAAGAAUCUGUCCUACAAACAGCUCCCCUUCCUGCUCUACCAGGUGACAAGGAAGUUUCGGGACGAGCCCAGGCCCCGCUUCGGUCUUCUCCGUGGCCGGGAGUUCUACAUGAAAGAUAUGUACACCUUCGACUCCUCACCAGAGGCUGCCCAGAAGACCUACAGGCUGGUGUGCAAUGCCUACUGCAGCCUAUUUGACAGGCUGGGGCUGCCAUUUCUCCAGGCCCAGGCAGAUGUGGGCAGUAUUGGGGGCAUGCUAUCUCACGAGUUCCAGCUCCCGGCAGAUGUUGGAGAGGACAAGCUUGCAGUCUGUCCCAGCUGCAACUUCUCAGCCAACCUAGAGCUGCUGGGCCUGUCGCAAAUAAACUGCCCUACCUGUCAGGGCCCACUGACACAAACCAAAGGCAUCGAGGUGGGGCACACGUUCUAUUUGGGUACCAAAUACUCCUCCAUUUUCAAUGCCCAGUUUACCAAUGCCUAUGGCAAACCAUCCUUGGCUGAAAUGGGUUGCUAUGGCUUGGGGGUAACACGGAUCUUGGCCGCUGCCAUUGAAAUAUUUUCUACAGAAGACUGCAUCCGCUGGCCCAGCCUCCUGGCUCCUUACCAAGUCUGCCUCAUUCCCCCUAAGAAGGGUAGCAAGGAGGCAGAGGCCACCGAGCUCACCGGGCACCUAUACGAUCACAUCACAGAGGUGAUACCUCAGCUCUGUGGAGAGGUUGUGCUGGACGACAGGACUCAUCUGACCAUUGGAAACAGGCUAAAAGACGCCGACAAGUUGGGCUACCCCUUUGUGAUAAUCGCCGGCAAGAGGGCCCUGGAGGCCCCCGCACACUUUGAGGUUUGGUGCCAGAACACUGGCAAGGUAGUCUUCCUCACCCAAGAGGGGGUUGUGGAGUUACUGAGGAGCCACGUGCAGGUUGUCUAAGUGCCACAGCCCUCCUCCAUCCCACAGCCAACAUGACCACUUGCGCUACACUUGCUCCACUCCUCCUGUCUCCUCUCUGUAUGCCAUUCCGUUUGUAGUCCAUUCUGAAAGCUUCUGUGAGGCAAGGGGCAUGAAAGAGGCUUGAGUCUGGUCUUGGCUCUUGGGUGAGUCAUUUCCCUUCUCAACUCAGUUUCCCUGUGCAUAGGAGGGGAAUGUUGAUGGCCAAGGACUGGCUACUUCUCCCACCCCAUCCUAGAGUCUGACCCAGUGAAGCAUGAGGAAAGCCAGGUGCUGGUGGCUCAUACCUGUAAAAAAGAAAAGAAAAAAGAAACAUGAGGUAAGCUGAGGGUGGAGGGAAAGAACCCAGAGAUUUGCUGCUACCAGCUCAAAGGUUACUUAACACACCCACUCCCUGCCAGUCCUCAGUUUCCUCAUCUGUAAUAUAAGGAGGUGGAGGUAUAUCGAUCCGUAAAGUCCUUGCAGCUGUCACCAGGUGUUUCCUUGAAGUUCAUGAUUAACAGGCCUGGUUUCUCUAGUCCUCCAGGGGCUGAGAUUCCUGCAAACUUCACUGCGCCUUUGCAGUGGCCUCUUCCUGAGAUCAUGUUCUAUUGAUUGAAUAAAGUCACAUUAUUAGAAUGGGUCAUUGAUAUUCAUUUGAAACAAAAAUAACAGCUACUGUUUUAACCAUUCA